UGCCAAACCGAGUGCAAGCAUGCUGACUUAAAACACCAGUGCCAGCCCAGUUAUUCUGCCAGCUGUACUGAAGUCGGUCCAGAUGACACAACAGUUAAUGCCGAUCCAGAGCCGCUGGGACUGAGGAGGCUGCCUCCGCUGUGUUGGCUCCACUCAGGUCCUCCUUCCUCAAUUGUGUUGUUAUUGACCGGCGGAGGGAAAGCAGCGGGUCGAUAAGUGGAUCAGAUUUAUUAGCGGUCCAUAUUGCCUACAGCACGCCUAAUGUCAAAGGAGCCACAGUCUGUGGGACUGCACACCGCACAUUUCAUUUAGAGGAGCGCCAGACUGCGAGUCUACAAGUGCGGCGCAAUUCCAAGUGAAAGGGGAAGUAAACCAGCAGGAUGGAUCUGGUCAAACUUGCAGUGUCCUUCCACAUUCUCCUGUGUCCUGCGUGGGCCCUGUCCCGUCACUCUUCCAUGGACAGCAUGCACUCAGCCCGCUCAGUCUUCCCCUCAGCUCUCAGGUUGCUGGAUGAGCCGUUGAGGUUUGAACCCUGUUGUCUCAUGUCACCGCCUCCGCCGCCGCUCUUCCCUCCGCCUCCUCAGCUGUGGAAGUGGGGCAGCCCCGAUGGUAUUUUAGAGCCAAGUGUUGUUGGAGGAGAGGAAAAGGAGAAACAAAAACCUGUGAUACCUGGGUGUUCACCUGGACCUCCAGGACCUUCAGGACCCCGGGGCCCAGAGGGUCACCGCGGAUUACCCGGUAUAAGGGGACCAAAAGGGGAGAAGGGAGAAAUUGGACGUCCAGGGUCAAAGGGUCGUACAGGGGCUCCAGGCCUCCCAGGGAAACCAGGACUAACAGGAUGGCCUGGUCCAGAAGGGCCAAAGGGUGAGAAAGGGGAUCCAGGACUUAUGGGUUUACCAGGACUGAGGGGACCACCAGGGACAAAGGGUUUGUCUGGUUACAAAGGAGAUAAGGGGUCUUACGGUGACCCUGGAGCACCAGGACCAAGGGGCAAUAAGGGUUCCAUUGGUUUGCCUGGAAUGCUUGGGCAGAAGGGUGAGCAGGGACCAAAGGGAGAGCAAGGAGUCUCAGGGAAGAGAGGACCGACUGGACGGCCUGGGAAGAGAGGCAAACAGGGUAUGAAGGGCCACUCUGGAGCCCCAGGAGCCAUGGGCCCCCCAGGUCCUUCAGGUCCAAACGGCCAUCCAGGUCCACCUGGUCCACCUGCCUCAGGUCUCUAUCUUGUAGGGGAAAAGGGAGAGAAAGGUCUUCCAGGUCCACCAGGUCGAUGUGACUGUGAUUCCACUCUUGGAGCAAAUACUGCUCCUUUUGGAAGCUACACACAGCGUGGUGGCUCCAAUAAAGUCCCUGCAAUAUUUGUGGUAAACAGUGAGGAGGAGAUGGACCGUCUACAUAUGGAGAACGCAAUAGCAUUCAGGAAAGAUCAGAGGUCGCUCUACUUCAGAGAUAAAGAUGGAUGGAAGCCCAUACAGCCCUUCCAGACGUUCCAGUCCACAGAGAAAGUCCCGGACAGAGCUGGUGUGUGUGGGGACGGGAAGGUGCAGGCCCAGCACGGAGAGGAGUGUGAUGAUGGGAACCAGAUUGUGACUGAUGCUUGUCUCAACUGUAAGUGGGCCUACUGUGGAGAUGGCUAUCGGCAUGAAGGCAUGGAGGAGUGUGAUGGAAAGGACUUUGGUUAUCAGAACUGCAAAUCCUAUCUUCCUGGGUCUUUUGGGCAGCUCAGAUGUACCGACUCUUGCCUCAUUGAUUCCACUGGUUGCAAGUAUUUCACCUGAACUGGAAAGUGAAAAAAUAACCAGAUUGCAAUUUUGCAGUUCCUCUUUCUGAUCACGGGGAUUAAACUUCUGAUUCCUACUGAAGUCUCACCCCUUAAAAAAUAACUGACAGACUGAGAGAGCACUAAAGGGAAGCUCUUGUGCCUGUUCUGAGCCAUGACAAGUAAUGGGAGUCAGCUUUGAAUCGACGGUCUCCCCUGGAGGCUUUAACUCUUUAAUUGGCCUCAAGGAGCAGCUUCUUGUUACUGUCACUCCAUUGGCUGCAGCACUGUUAUGGACACUGGUGAGGGUGGGGAACAUUUUAAUGAUUUAAUGAUUGUAUCAUAUGAAUUAAUUAACAAUGUGUAUGACUUGCUGACUGUUGAUGCAAAAAUAAGCUAUGUUCUUAACUUCCUUUGUAAUGAGGGAGAGAGGAGAAAAAAAAGAGUCUAUAAUAUUAUGGAAACUAUUUGUACUGUAGUAUGCAAAUCAGAGGUGUGUCAUUGUGGUUUUUUUUUUUUCUUUGCAAUGUAUAACAAAUCAUGUAUUUAUGAAGUGCAAUGCUGUGAUAUUGCAUGUAAAUGUGUACCAAUGCACAGCAGACUGCUUUAACCAGUGCUGUAAAUGUAGGCUACUAGCCUCUUGAAGUGAAUGUUCAAAUAUCCCACAGGAGGAAAAUGAACGUCAUCCUGCAACAGCAAGAAAAAUACCUUUGAUUAUCAGCAGCAGCAUGAGAAAACUGCUCAGUUACAACUAAAUAAAUUCAGCAAAAUGUGAUUAGUGGAUAAUCUGCCUGCAUGACUGUAAAUUUCCUAAAACACUGUACUCUAAUAAAGAUUAGGCCUACA